AUGAAUGGUUAUUAUCGGAAUGGACCACGUUUUGAUCGUAUCGAUCAAGAUGAAGUUCCUGAAAGCAAGCACACCGUAUUUAUUAGAGGCCUUCCUGGACAUAUUAAAACGGAUGAAGUGAAGGAUUUUUUCGAAGACCAUGUUGGACCAUGCUCAUUUGACUUUAUCAAGCUUUCACAGGAUCAACUGAAACUAUUUGUGGCUGUUCGUUUCGAAACGCGCGAUGCUGCAAAAGAAUGCAUGCACAAAUACAAAGAUGGUGAUGUUCUUGGUUACCCAGUUGAAAUGACGUGGUUUCGGGAUAUUCGGCGCUAUGUGUCAUAUCAACAAAGUCAAGGUCUUCGACCUGCUAAAAUUCUUCGUAAUCGUGGUUAUAGUGGUCGCAAUCAUACUAGCUACGAUCGUUCGUCAAGAAAUGAUUAUAGAGAUGAUGAUGAUUAUGAUAAAGGAAGCAGAAAAAAGUGCGCUUCAUCAGAUGAUGAAGGCUCUAAAAAGUCUCGCUCAUCCAGUUCGUCACGAUCACCAAGUCGUGGUCAGCGUCAUUCAUCACAUGAACGUUCAGCAAGCCCUGGUAGUCUCAAAAGUCGGCAUAGUGAAAAAUCUCACCGUUCUCAAUCUCGCAAUUCUUCAUAUUCGGCACCGAGACGUUCUUCCUCAGCUGUCCCACCAGCUCCAUCUCCACAGUUUAAGCGAGAGGCUAUUGAAAAAGGUGAAACUCCGCCACUUCCACCAUUACCUCCUCCGCCAAAUGCAAAAUCUGACGAUGUAGAACCAAAGAAAUCGAGCUUGAGUGAUUCGCAGUCUCCUGCUGAACGUAAAUCGCGAAAAUCGAAAAAAGGCAAGCGAAAGCGUCGGCGUCGUAGUCCAUCAUCAAGUACACCCAAUUCAGUUAAUGAACACACUUCCGAUGAACUUAGUGAGGGCGAACUUCGGAAAAAGAUUCUAAAAAAGCGAAAAGAAGUUUUGAAGGACAUGGAAGAGGGUUUGAAGCCCAUAGUAAAACCAACUUUGGGAAAAUGGGAAGAACAGGAAGCGGAAACAACACUGCUACAGAACACCACAUUAAAGUUCGGUUUAGAAAGCAUGGAGGAUGUGCCAAAACGAGUUUUGCGUGAUACAGCCCAUCAGUUUCAGUCGUCAAAAAAUGUAAUUUCGCAAACAAAUGCAAGCAUGCUUGAUGGGAUUGGAAUGCAUGCUACAAUGCCCCAAGUGGGAAUUGAAAAUUCAUUUUCCUGCAAGAAAGGAGCAAAAGAAUUAGGGAAACAACUGGAUUUGCCAAAAAGCGAAGCACCAUCAUCGGGUGUGCUAUUUAGCAGUGAUAUUGAUACCUUUUUGGGGAAACGUGAACAAACCGGUCCAAUAAAUGAUCUCAAAAACACACAGACGAGUGUUUUCGGCGCAGCUCGUGGACAACAGUUGAUUUCAUUUUUUGACGAUGCCAGUGAUACGUUGCAGCCUUCUCAAGGAACGCUGCGAUUGAGCUCGCUAACUCGUCAGUUGAAUGCAGAAACAGAACGUGAACGGAAGCUUGCUCGUUUACCACCGGAAGUGCUUACUAAGUAUACGACAAAGAAAAAACAACUUGAAGGGGCAUUUAAAGCAGAUCGUGAAACGUUUGGUUUCGUUACGAAAAUGUUAAUCGAAAAAGAUCCAGGUUUGGAAGAUCGUCUUUGGUUAGCCCUUGCUGAAGCAAUUAAAGAUAUGGAAGAAGCAUUUACUCGAAAAAUGGACCAGUAUCUUGACCAUUCUUGUGAAUACCAGGGAAUGUGCAGCACUUCACAUGUGGUUCAUUCUGGGAAUCGGGAAGAAGAAAAAAAAAGGUUGGAGUUGUUCAAUAAAUAUUGUUUACUGUUUAUGAAACGGCUUGAACAGCAAGAAAUCGGUGUAUUGAUCGUUAAUGAUUUGUUUGCCAUUGCAAUCAAAUAUGGUUUCAAGGAUGCAUGUUUUCAACGUUUCAAAGAAAGUGCUGCUCGUUGGAUGUGUAGAAAGCUAGAAGUUGUAAUACGUAACAAAGGGUUGUAUGGGCUACCACGUAACCUCAAUUUUCUAAACAUGUUCGUAGAAAUAGAUGAUUUGGAAUGUUCUCUCGAUUAUUCGAAAUGGUUGGAAGAAUUUAUGACUCCUUUUUUUCGAGAAAAAGAUGGUAUUUAUCGCGAAGUACGUCAGCAUGAUUUCAAGCAGCGAAUUAUAUUAAUUCGAGAAGCAGUAUUAAAUCAAGACUGGUCGAAAGUUGGCGUGUUUUUAGGUCUCUUGCCUUCUUUUCGACAAAACUUGCGAGACGUUCCUGAAGCGUUCCGUAAACAACUUGGUGGUAAUUUGGAUAAAACAUGUCGGAUGUUAUUUCCAUAUGCUUCAACAAUAUUUCGAGCUGGUGUUGAACGCUUUAUGCAGUACGAUAUCCCACGUGAUAUGAUAACUAAAUCGGCAGCAGAAUUAAUGCUUAAUUUAACAUUUGACGUUGAGAAUAAUUCAUUGCUUUAUAUCACGGAGCUGCUUAUAUAUGCGAUAGCAAAUGGUCAGAAACAGGAAAUGCAAGAUUUGGUCACUACAGUUUCAUCCUUGCCAUCUGUCGCUCAAAAACACAAGUAUGUUACUAUCCUUCGAUCUUACAAAGUAUUGUCUCGUUAUGAACGUUGGCGUUUGGGAGGAGAAGAUGUAGUGCAGAGCAGUUCAUUUGAUCUGGGGGAUGAAAUCAUUGCAGCUCUACUGGAUGUGGAAUCUGGUCAGGCGAGUAUUUUCAUUCAUACAGCAGUGCAUUAUUUGCAUUUUGUUGGAAAAAUUGAUAUAUUAAUGAAUGCUUUGGAGGAAUGUUGUCAUAAAACGCCCUUCAUGAUUGUUGAUUGCUACCGCGCUUUGCUAUUAAAUAAUAUGGCUGAUGAAGCUAAUUGGUUGCUUGAUGUUAUUUUGCCGCAAUGGACCCUUAUUUCGCAUCCGAUUUUAUUAGAUUGGUUAAAACCGCGACUUCUGAAUCCUCACGAUUAUGACCUCUCAGGAGAAAUGUUGCGCCUUGUUUGCAAAACUUUGUUCGUUUUUUUGGAUUAUGGAACGAAUAGGAGGAAUGAUUGUGCUUGGAUGUUUCUGUGGGCAGUGGUACAGCUUGUGCAAGAUGAUGGUCUAUUGCUCUUGCAGUGGGAUCCUCGAAAAUCAUGGUGGCCAAAAUUCCAUCAUGCUGAGUUGUCCGAAAGAGGUGCAGAUUGUAGGCAUCGAAUUUUCAUGAAGCUUUACAAUUUAAAUGUGUGA